AUAUUGCACGCUAUAGUGCUGAUUUCGACGCCAAUUUUAUGCCGGCAAGGUAUUUGAUUUGAUUUGAAAUAUUAAAGUAUACCUAUUGAAUUUCUCAUUAUUUUUCCAAGACUUUUUAUGUAUCCCAGGAUAGGCCAGAUGCAGUUCACUUUGUUUUCAUUUAUUGGGAGGACUGUGAAUCAAUACCUUAAUCUGUGGCCAGCGUUGUUAAUGUUUGUCUUUUGUUUCAACUCAUCGGAAUAUAGGUCAAAACGGAAAAAAAAAUUAAAGAUAUAUUUGCAAACCCAAGAUUAAUUUGACCUGUGUGCUCUAACAUUGACGUUCUGUUGGAAAGCCAGCCACAGGAGCACUUGGAUGUUUCUUGGUCGUGUGGAAACCAUUGUUGAUUAGGCAUUUUCCCCUGCAGGUUGUACUCCCUAUUACCCUCAGCCACCAGGUGCUCCAAACUUUCUUAAACUCGGCUCAAAAAUUUUUCAAAAGUUGCCUGAAGGUGUUCGACUUUUCUGAAAAUUUGUUUCAAAUUUGCUAGUUAAUACAUGUACAGCCAUUUUUGCCUUUUUUUCACAAGACAAGGUGCCUCUGGUGAAGUACACUAAUGCAUUUUCAAACUACUGCCUUUUGCCCUUUUUAUUAAACGCAUCUACUGCGGGUGACGUUCAAGUUUACUACAACUCAACGUAAAUGACAUUUCACACAGACAAAUAUUGAUUGAGGCAAACCGGAUAGGGGGGUGGCAUGGGACACAAGGUUGAGAACUGAAAUUUUCUCACAAGAAUAUACAACCAGAGGUAAUUAAUUAAACAACGGUAUUAUAGAGCUUUUUACUUGCCAAAAGUUGCUCAAAAUUUAACCAAGUUGCCCCUAAAAUAGAAAGUUGCUUCAAGUGGCAAAAGUUGCCUGAAAGUUAAGCUAAAAAAGGUACAUUUUUUAAAAUCAAAAAUGGUAUAUAAAGGUUAAGUGGCUGAACCUCGGGGCAGAGCCCCCAGCAAAAAUAUUUGUUGAGAUCCCCCCCCUCCACACUAGGGUAUUGCUUUUGAAGUGUGGGGUAUUUUUUAGUUCCCUUUUCAAUUCUUUGAUGUUCGCACUCGUUCGAGACGCUAACAAACAACCGCCAAGAGGCGAUGAAGUCAAUCACUCAGAAUAGGAGAAUGGAUUUUCUUUCUUCUCGUUGAAUACAUGUUUAAUCCGUGAAUGAUUAAUUUUCCCAAAAUCAUUUACCCAAAUAGGUAACUUCUUAUGUGCAAACAGAAGAUCCAUUCGGCGUGGUUUUCGUGCCGGCAUAAGGUCUAUCCGGCAUAAUGUGAACAAAGCCAACCUAUAGCUAAGAUCUGGCCUAAUAUUAAAUUAAUCUAAAUUACUAGCAGCAGGCAAAUCGUUACUUUGCAAUAUACUCAUUUUAUGGGGUAAGGGUUUCCCCUAUUCGAAUGAAUCGUUGUACUUGAGGAAAAGGAAAACAAAGUAAUAACUAAUUUACCUUUUUUAUCUUUGUUUAUAGGAUGUAAUAACUACAUAAAUGUAACGUCAAAUGCGUCUCGAUCAGUCCAAGCUUAUUCUACUGAAACGGGUAUAACUCUUUGUGAUAAAGACCAGACCUGGCUCCUUGAGAGGUCAUGGAUUCGUUUUAUAAGUGACAAUGGUGACUUGUGGAUUCCGCAGGGUUACAGUUGCCCACCGCAAAACGCCUGUAAUACAAAUACACCGGGCUCGUUGUACAGGCAUGGGCAUCCGAAGGUGCACAGGACGGUUAGGCGCCAAAUAUACUUUCGAUUGGGAAGCAAAUGUCUCAGUGAUGUUUUGGAAGUGUCUGUAUCAAAUUGCAAGGCGUUUUUUGUUUACAGGCUGCUUAAUUUCACUGCUAAUCUGAGCUGUAACUAUCGCAUCUGUGCUGAAAGGGGUAAGUCUGAUCUCCUCAGUGACCCCGGUCCUUGAAUAGAUGGUUAAGUUUAACCCAGGAUUAAGCCAAAUGUUUAGUAAGGUCUUCUUGUCAUAACAUGUCCCUGGAACGUACAAAAUACUUGUUGUAUAUUUACUCCGAGGUUUAGUGAUGAAAAUAUAGAAUGUUACUCUAGGCAAUGCAUAUAAAGGUAAGAUACAAAAAUGGAACAAAAAUUUUAACCCUGGCUUAGCGCUAAUCGGGCUUUCACGGGAACCGGGGCCUGUUGAACGAAAUAACUUAUUGUUCAAUCAAAAUAUUUCGCCAGUUUUGAUUGGCUCCAAGCCCCGCCUAAUUCUUCAUAACCAGCUGGCGCUUACCAUACAGCUAUUUUGAGAAAGGUUGUCGGAAAAAAAUGUGCAAGCGACAAUCCCGAAAGGUAAUAUGGGUAUGAUAAAUACACUGUUCCUGACACUGAAGCUGUCGAACCUACUUUUGUUGUUUUCCUUCAGCAAUAGCAAACAUACGUCCAUGGCCUCUCGUGCCAUUCUUUCAAAUUUCUUUGAAGAACAGUGGACUAAAAACCGUCCAAAAUACCUUUCGUAGCCUGCGUAGCUGGCGGCAUUAGCGCGGGAAUGCUGUGUUGGUUUGGCGGCGGAGCCACGAGAAGGGAGGGCAUACAAGUCAAAAAAGUACCCCUGGUAGAAGAAUCCCGCAAGCUACACUGGCUAUACCUUUCGGGAUUGUCGCGUGCACUUUUUCUGACAACCUUUCUCGAAAUAACUGGAAUGUGGAAGAUGCGAGCAAUAUACCAUCGAUUCGAUGGUAUAAGUUGAAUUGUUGCAUAGCUGGGAUUUUUUCUUCAGCCCUAGCAGUCUUACAAUCUCAAAUCUUUAUUAAGAUGAAAAUACAUAUCAGGAUCUGUAAGAAUUAAGUGAAAUACAGCUAUUCAAAAGCUAAAGAUUACUGAAAAUGCAUUCUGGAAUUAAUUUAGGUGACGAUUUCACAAUCUUUAAGCAGUUGUUUCCAUAUGACAUGACUUGCUGUUUUGAAGAUGUGGUCAUUGAUGUCAAAAAUUUGACCGCGUUUAGAUUUUUCCCGCGAAAGUUAAGACAAACACAAAGCUCAGGAUUCUCGUUUUCUCUUGAGUUGUAGCUUACCACUUUUCCGUUUUAGAAUAUGUAGCUCACUUCGGAAAAGAUUGAUAGCUUGGGGCCUAAACUAGGCGCGCGGGAAUUUAUGGGAUUAUUUGAGGGGGCGCGAAUGUAAACAAACAUGGCAGAAAGCGAAGCGGAAUGUUUCAGCGGGGUUAAAACAGCUCAAAAUAUCAAAACGGAAGGUGGAACUGAAACAAACAAAUCAAAAAACCAAAAUGUGAAGCUGAGGAAAGAAGAUGUGCCUGAUCUCACAUCGAGAAAAACCAGAAGAAUGCACCGUGAAAGAGCUGCAGAGAUGGCUUCUUUGCCGUGGAGCCAAAACAACCGGAAAGAAAAUAAACGCAUGUAGCUGAAUACGUCUUGCCUUUGAUAUUGUAUUAAAUGUCAAACUAGGGGAGUUCCUGAAGUUAUUUGUGCACAAAGGCACACAACAAAUUGCACGUCUCGUCAUAAUUCAAAAUGGCUGCUCGAUUUGACCCCCCCCCCCCCACCCCGAACAAUCCCACAAAUGCGCGAGCGCUUGGUUUGGGUCCCAGGUAAUCUCUUCCGAAGUGAGCUAUUGGUGCAUAAUUUCAGUCAGCCCAAGAUUUUUUCGUUUUGUUAGCUAGGUUUACCGUUCUUUAGUAGAGAAAGACAUAAUCAUACGUUUAGGUUAACAACAUACAAUUGUAUUGUAUUAACAGACUUUCAACACACUAAAUUUUGUCCUUUUCAAAAUCUCAGUCUUGGGUUUAUUAUUAAAAUUUUCUUAAAAUAUUCUUAACAUUUCGCCGAUUUCAGCCUUGAUAUUCAUAUACAAUUUUCUUACUAUCGGAUACCAGCGUUUUCCGCUAAACUUUACUAAUUACUGCAGAUAAAUUAAUAAACUGUAAAUUCUCAGUUCAUAAUAUUUCCACACUGUAUCACAUAUAGACAAACAUGUACAUAAAGAAUAAAAAUUAAGCAUUCCCUACACUUAAAUUGACUGGCCCGCUAAGAUUAGCACUAGCCAUCUGAGGGCUAGUGCACUUUUGUAAAACUUGUUGUUGUUACUUGUUGUUGUUGUUGUUGUUUGUUGUUGUAUCUAAUUUUAUGUAUAUAUAUAUAUAUAUAUAUAUAUAGUUCAGUGGGGUUUCUAAUCCUGUUGUGUUCGAUUUGAACAUUUCUUUUUAGUGGAGUGCCUAUAAAUAUAUUAUAAAAUUCUAAACUGGAUAUUAAGCUAAGUGCACAAUUUCAUUAGUUUCAACUACUACCAUUAUAACAUUUACAAGCCACCAAAACCCUAAAUUGAAAACACAUGCUUUUUUUUGGCAGUCCCCCACCCUUGUCGCUCAAGGCUUCACCAAUGUGAUUUGUUUCGUUCCACGUGCAAGGAAACCGGGGAUACCUACUCUUGUCCGUGCAAAAGAGGGUUUACUGGACAUCCUGGAAACUGCACAGGUAACAGUUAAGCAAGGCUGGUUCGAUUUAUUUGUAUCAAAUCGCGAGAAACCAUUCAGUAUAACUACCUUAAGAAGGGCCAUAGCUAGUUGUAAAUUUUACAAUUUUAAAAUGUGCAUUCUAGAUGUGAAUGAGUGUAACAAUGCAACACAUGAUUGUAACCCGGAGUUGGCGAUCUGUAAAAACACGAUUGGAUCAUUUACUUGUCAUUGCAAGCCUGGUUUUAUUGGAGAUGGUAAAAUCUGUUCAGGUACUGUAAUUUUCCCAGCCACUACUUACUGUAGCCAUUCAACUUAACGACUUUAAAAGUGUCAAAGUUAUAACAAACUCACUGAGGCAUCCCAGCCACUUUUUGGAAAAACUAAUGGGAAAAAUAGGCUGUCCAAGCUCAAAACAUAGGAAAGUAUGGGAAUUUUCUGCCAAUACAUAGACUAUUUAUAGAAAAAAAAAACAUUCAAAAAUUAUAAUAAUAACAAUUAAAAGAAUUUAAAAAAAUUUGCUUCACAGUGCAAAAUGCUGACAUCAGAGUAUGUUCUAUUUAUAGGAAAUAUAGGAGGAUUUCUUGAAAUAUAGGCUGUUUAUAGGAUCCUAUACAAAUUAUAGGAUGAAUAGGAAAUAUAGGAGGUCUGGGAUGUGUGCAGGGUUUCAAGUACCAGCGUUCUUGCCGUUUAUUGAAAGGAAUUUUGUACUGUGAAGUUUUGAAGGUAAAUCGUAUUGUAUUGACAGAUUUUCAACACAAACAAUUAUAUCCCUUUUAAUUUUCCGCCCCUGGUUUACUGUUAAAAUAGUUUUAAAAUUACGCACAUUUCAGCCCCAGUAUUCUUAUGAAAUAUAUUCUUAUAGCAAAAGAAAAGUGUGUAGUGACAGCUAAAAUGUACUCUUGCCUCGGAGUUGUCUUCUUGUUGUUUUUGCUAUGUCUUUAGCUAUUAUUUCGCCUAGUUCCAGCUGUAGUUCUUACUCUUGAAACGAGUGAAGUGUCCGCCAUUUUUAUUUUCACAACCAAAACAACUCAACCUCGUCACCAGGUCUUCUCGGUAACGGUGCCUUAACCUGUAGCGGGCUGCAUUUUUUACGUCAUUUCGUUAAACACAACGUUCUUUGAAAUCUGGUCAUCAGUAACUGGUUAUGGUGAAUUAUGCGUGUGCUUUUAGCCAAUCAGAAUUGGAGCAGUAUUUUGAAUGAAUAAUAAUAUAUUUUAUAUCCAGUUCUUACAGUAAUACACUGUCCUUUGUUUAUUUAAAGAGUAUAAAGAUCAAAAAUUUGUCAGGUUGGUAAGCCAUGGAUCUAAAACCUGGUCUAAAAAUUGAGGUCUAAACUAAAACUAGUGCGAUCUUUAGAAUAAUUGAUCAUAAUACGUUUCUGGGGAGACUGCCCACCCACCCCUCCCCUUUACCAACAUUUUGCCCUAAGUGAGAACUAAGUGUUAAUGCUGGCUUAGGGGAGGGGUAGGUGGGCAGUUUCUCGGAAACGUGUAACGAUCCGAGUUCUUUUCGUCGUCGUGGUUGCUCAUAAGGUCCCUACUAUGUUGUCAAUGACAAAAUGUCGACUUCCUGCAAAUAAACGCCCACGGUUUGGUCCUCUGUGUUAUAAGUAGCCUGCGUAGCUGGCGGUAUUGUGUACUAGUCGAGUGAGAUGUGGCAGCGGAGCCGCUACAAUACCGCCAGCUACGCAGACUACUUAUAAGCAAAUCCUAAAGAUCAGAGAACUGAUUUACUCCAGUACAUUGACGAUUAACGGCUAAACAAAAAACUUCAUUAAUUUUCAACCAGCCUCAAUAAAGUGCUUUUGCUCCCUUGUAAACCAUGCCGGUUAUUUUUUUCGCGGCAGUUCAUCACCCGUGUGACUCAGGACGCCACCAUUGUAAUUUAUCAUAUUCUACUUGCAAGAAAGAACCGGGGGUCGGAGAACGUAACUACACUUGUCCAUGCAAAGUAGGGUUUACUGGAAUUCCUGGAAAUUGCAAAGGUAACAUCAAACGCCAUGUCCACACUAAUGCGUUUUCAAUAGUAUGCGUUUUCGUUGUCAUUGAAAACGCAUCGAUCGAUUCGCGUCCACACUACCGUUUUGAUGCGUUUUUGACUUCCCAAACUAAAACGUUCGAAAACGACAGUACUAAUGUUGUGACGUACAUGUAAGUUAAACUCUACGCACGCGCUACAAACAUUAACACGCCUCCGAUAUUUUAGGUCAUCUUUAUUAGGUUGAUAGGGCGAUGUGAAUGUGUUUCGGUUUUGAUCCACUUUCAAGAUUUUCAAAUCGAUACGGUGUGCGAAAGGCCUAAACACAUCGAAAUAUAUGGAAACGCAUUGGGGUGGACAGGGCCCAAAUCCUGAAGGUUUGCUUGAUUUAUUUAUUAAGAAAGGUAAAGUAAACUAACCUUACUUGUCCAACCUAAAUCUAUUUAAUUUUUUUAAAAAAUGCAUUAAUUACUCGUUCUUGUGAUGUAAGUGCGAGAGAAAUCACUCAGUUAUUGAAUAUGUCUUAUAGAUGUUAAUGAGUGUGAAAAUGGAGCAAAUGAUUGUUACCCGGAGUUUGGGACCUGUGAAAACACGGUAGGAUCGUACACUUGUCACUGCAAGCCUGGAUUUACUGGAGAUGGUAAAAAUUGUUCAGGUAAAGUAAUUCCCGAUCCGUAGCUUACUUUGGCCAUCGAAUUUAAGAAGGGUCAAAAUUAUUAGAAAAUUUAAGCGAUAGGGUACAGGGUGUAUUAUGUGAAAGGGGCUAACACUGUAGAUACUGAAAUAUAUUCAUUCAUCAAAUUUCAACCGUAAUGACUAUUCUUUAACAUGUUGGAUAAAAAGUGUCCAGUAAUUCCAGUAAAAUCUUAUAUUCUUACUCUUAUAUUAGACCUAGGUAAGGUAAGGUAAGGUAAGGUAACGCCUUUUUUUAAAGAGGGUAAGCAUAUCAUGUGACAGUUAUGGUAAAACUGAUAAACUUGUGGCCCCUAUAAAACAUAAAAUCCAAUAUUAAAAUAGUUUUACACUGUCAUUAUAAAAAGAUAAAAAUUAACAUUAAUAGAUACAAUUUAAAAAAAACUAUUAACUAUCUAAAACAAGUAAAAAAUCAAUUGAAAAAUUUGAAGUUAUUUAACUAUUGAACUGGGCUACUAAAAUACGUCAUGGGAGAUGUCCUUUUAUCAAAUACAAAGAUUAAGCUGAUAAACCAAUAUAUAAAGUUUGGACUUUUGAUUGACUUUUGACAGAUGUGGAUGAGUGCACAAGUAAUGUCCCUAACUGCCACCAGCAGGGUAUCUGCACAAACAACUUUGGUUCAUUUUCUUGUCAAUGUAUGA